AUGUCGGACCAGGACCUCGAUCUUUCGAGCGCCCGAGACGAUAUGCCUCACAUCCGCCUGAACUCGGGCCAGCACGAGCCAUUUCUAGACAGCGACGAGGGAUAUGCCCCGCUGACUGGGCGGACCUUGCCACGACCUUUGACACCACAGGGCCUGGAGCCGUAUGUGCCUGUCGGCGCGCAGGGUAUGUCACCGUACGGUGUCGCCAAUGCCCCCGAGUCUUCAGAGUUUCUACUCCCACCGAAACUGCGUCCCACGCCUCGGGAUGAUCAGGACCGGUCCGGCUCGCCAGAUCGCUGGUCUGCACGGUCUGCGGCGCGAUCGAGUGUUAGCUCAAUGAGUCGCGACAGUCGCUUUCAGUUAGAUCCGUUUGAGGAUUCGCGGGCACCGAGUCGCUCGGGUAGUGAUGAAUACGAUGUCAACACACAGACUGUCUCGGAGAAGUUUAAUAUCAUGCCGACGGAUGGGCUGCUUCUAUUUCCCGAGGACGUGGAGAAGGAUGAUUACUUGCAUAACCCGGAUCCUACGGAUCAAGACCGCGAUUGUGAUGUAUGCAAUCGUCGGGGGUUGUUGAACGUGGGCGGGCUGGUACUCUUAACACUGGGAAUUCUGGUGCUCUUCAUUGGGUAUCCAGUCAUAACUUGGGUAGCGGGCAUUUUAAAACCAGCUCAUUCUUGCAAGGCUGGGGACUGGCUCUGUCUGGAUGUUGGCGAUCGGCCUCUGUUGAGCAACAUUCGAAGAGGAUUGAUUGAUCCGGACACACCCGAGGAGGCGAUGACCAAGAAGAACGUGGAUGGCAAGGAAUGGAAGUUGGUGUUCUCGGACGAGUUCAACAUGCCUGGCCGGACGUUCUAUGAUGGCGACGAUCCCUUCUUCGAAGCGGUAGACUUGUGGUAUGGUGUUACCAUGGAUAAAGAGUGGUACGAUCCUGACGCUGUCAUUACAAACGAAGGCGUGAUGGAAAUCCGAUUUGACAACUUCAAGAACCACGAUUUGCAAUACCGAUCUGGCAUGAUCCAGAGCUGGAACAAGCUCUGCUUCAAGGGCGGCCGGUUAGAAGCCAGUAUCUCCCUCCCCGGUGAUGGUCACAUUCAGGGUUUCUGGCCUGGGUUUUGGGCUAUGGGCAAUCUGGCCCGGCCUGGCCAUGCCGCGACCACUGAUGGCCUGUGGCCGUACAGCUACCAUGACGGUUGUGAUGCUGGAAUCACUCCCAACCAGAGUUCCCCAGAUGGUAUCAACUUCCUCCCUGGCAUGCGUCUUCCAGGUUGCGCCUGUCCUGGUUCGGAUCAUCCUUCUCCUGGUCACGCUCGCAGUGCUCCCGAAAUCGAUGUUAUUGAAGGCAGCACCGCUGCAUUGAACGGGGAUGGCCCAUUUAUUGGUAUCGCCUCGCAGUCUAUCCAAACCGCUCCCUUUGACCUCUGGUACAUGCCAGACUACGACUUCACUGCCGUCUACGAUCCUCGUAUCACCCAGAUCAACGCCUACCGCGGUGGCGUCUACCAACAAGCCAUGUCCGGUCUCACCAAUCUCAACAGCCGCUGGUACAACGGCAGCGAGUACCAAAUCUUCGCCUUCGAGUACACCCCCGGUGCGGUGGGCAACGUGACCUGGUUCAUCGGGGCUGACAAGACCUGGACACUCGACGGGCGUGCAAUCGGGCCCAAUGGCAACGUCGGUCAGCGUAUGAUCCCGCUCGAGCCGAUGAGCAUGGUCAUGAACUUGGGUAUGGCGGAUAACUUUGCGCCGCAGAAUAAGAGUAUUCGGGAGUAUAUGCCCGCAUAUCUGCGGUUUGACUAUGUCCGUAUCUACCAGGAUCCGGAUGACGUGAGUGUUACGUGUGACCCGCCUGGGUUUGAGACCACGGGCUAUAUCAAGGCGCACCGGAAAGCGUAUGAUAAUCAUAAUUUGACGACUUGGGAGGACGCUGGUUACCACUGGCCGAAGAACAGCUAUAUGCACGGUUGUUAG